AUGUCUUUCUCGGAGGUGAUGAAUUUUAUGUCGUCUUGGCUACGCUUGGCAUUCAAGGAUAAUCAACUCAAGGAUUCUUGGUCAGUGGGUGUGAAAUGUUUAGUCUGUGGUGUGAUUAAUGCUUUGGACACAACUCUGUUCAAUGUCGCUAAUGUUAUUGCCGGUAUCAUCCAAGCCUACAAGAGUGGCAUAACCCUCCAGGGAAACACCACUAGCCUGGGCAGGUGGGACUUCAGUGGGUCUUUCUUCUUCUCCAUCUCUGCAAUAACAACCAUUGGCUAUGGGAACCUGAGCCCCAGCACUGUGGCUGGUCGAAUCUUCUGCAUCUUGUUUGCACUCUUUGGGAUCCCCUUGAACCUUGUACUCCUGAACGAAAUUGGGCAGCUGAUGCUGCUGGGGGUUCAGCAUUGCGCCCAUCACCUAGAGGAGGUGUUUAACUGGCAGAAAAAAGCUUCCCUCCUGAUUAAGACCUGUGCGCUGGUAACUGGCUUGUUAUUGUUCCUCCUGCUGCCUCCCUUGUUGUUCUCUGACAAAGAAGGCUGGUCUUAUGAAGAAGGCUUCUACUACUCCUUCAUUACCCUCAGCACUAUAGGGUUCGGAGAUUACGUGAUUGGGAUGAACCCAGACCGCACCUACCCAGGCUGGUACAAGAACGUAAUCUCUCUGUGGAUCCUCUUUGGGAUGGCUUGGCUCGCCCUGGUUAUCAAAUUUUACAUCAACUUUCUAGAGAGCUCCAGUGACUUCUGUCAGUGCAACAAGAAGAGCACAGAGAUGGCAGAAGAUUUAAUGGAUGGCAACAAAAAUAGUAUGACGGGACUUCACAAUGUGGAGAUCUGCAAUGACAAAGACACAAAAGCAAAAGGACCAGAUGAAUCUCACACCUACACAGCUCCUGCAGAAGCGCUCUAG